UAUGAGUACAAAAAAAGCCGCCUAUUGCUUGUGGAAAAGUGAAAAGUUGUAAAGUAUUUUCCUUGUAAUGUUUUACGAAAUCAAACAUUAUUUAAGAAAUUAGGUGUUUCACCUACUGUGAAGUGUUUAUCCAUUAAUCGUGUAAAAAUGCAUUACGUACAAAAAUAUCUAGAUAAUGUUACUUUCACUAAAACAAAUAAGAUAACUAAAGCAAACAAUAUUUUGCUCUAUUGCAAUUAUUACAGUUUUUACUCGCAAAAGGUUUUGAUGGCCUUGUAUGAAAAAAAUAUAGAUUUUGAGCCGUAUGUAAUUGAUAUAACCAAGGGCGAACAGUAUUCAUCUUGGUUCCUUGAGUUGAAUCCAAGGGGUGAAAUCCCAGUUUUGAAAGUAAAAGACAGCGUUAUUCCAGAUUCUACACGCAUUUUGGAUUACCUUGAGUUUUACUUAAAUCCAGAUUUACCUCCACUCAUAAAUGUAACAAGUGAUGCGAAAGUUUUGAGUAACAUUGAAAAGUUUCGAGAUCUGAUUGAGGCCCUCCCUGCGGGCGUUAUCACUGUGGGGUCCUUCAUCCACGCCCACCUGUGUGGCCGCCCUAAGCUACCCUUUGUCCUACCAGUCCGGGAGCUUCUGAAGAGUGGAGAUUUGAGCAGUUCUCAAAACUUAAGGAGACUAGCAGAAGAUAAUCCUCAUGCUAGAAAUGUACUAUUGUACAAGGCAGAAAUACAUGAUAGAAAACAUGAAAUACUUUCAAACGAAGAAGAGUAUCUUAAAAUAUUGAAUGUUGUUGAUCAAGUCUUAACAGAAGUUGAAAAGGAGUUACAAAACCAAACUGAAGGGAAUUGGUUAUGCUGUGACAAGUUUACUAUAGCUGAUAUAAAUUUAGCUGUCUUACUUCAACGUCUAUGGGAACUUGGACUAGAAGAUAGAUUUUGGACUAAUGGUAAAAGAAGUUACACAGAAAGUUACUUUCAAAGAGUCCAACAGAGAGAAUCAUUUAAGAAAACUAUACCUACUUUACCAGAUCACAUCAAGAUGAUAAUCACUUCUCAGCCACCAGCUUAUGUGGGUGCAGCAGGAGCAGCAACCUUUGGCAUUGUUAUUGCCAUUCUUUGUGUGUUAAAGAAAAUCAUACAUUGAGUUUUUAGGAUUAAUUACCAAAUCAGUAUUAUUAAUUAGCUAUUCAUAUUUAUCAUGCACAAUAUACUUACUUGCUUGUAGAUA